AUGUCGAAGGAAGCUGGAGAGAAUCUGCCUGAAGAGCAGGCAGAUGCUGCACUACCUGAAGAAGCUCAUGGUGGUGCAGAUGCAACAGAAGGUACUGCUGAAGAACAUGCUGAAGAUAUGGAGCAAACUGCAGUAAAGAUAGAUGAAGUUACGAGGAAAAUGUCAAGAAAGCAAUCUGUAUACCCAGCCACGCCAGGAGUAUCUACUCAAAUUGUUGAUAUAGAUAGGACUGCCCUGGAAGCUAUUCUUGAUGUCUCCUCAAGGUUAAAAGAUAUUCAAAAGAAAAGUAGAGUUUCUAUGAGUACUUUGGGUUUAGCUCAUGAGUCGUACAAGGAUAAACAAGCUAAAGCGAAAGAGGCUCGUAAUAACAGAGUAGGGGGAUUGAAAUCACAAAGCAGGUUUUUACUAGAAAAUGCGGCUGCGAUUUUAAACAAACCUGUAGAAUAUGUUUUGGACGGUGUAUAUGAUGCGGAUAUCCAUAUUGAUAUUUUAGAUAGCGCCUUAGUCGAAGGUGGCAGGAAUUGCUUCGUUCUUUGCGAUGCUUUUUUACCGCCACUAAAAAUGGAAUCUGGUCGAUUUGUCCCUAAUCAAAAGGGAAAAAUGGAAAGAACCUAUAUAUCAGAUGCGGCUACAAUAGGAACUGAAGGGAUGUGCGUUGCAAUGUACAGAAUUAAAAAUAAAGCUAUUGACAUGAAAACGGUUGCAGAUGAUUAUUACUUGGUCGUUUUUGAUAUGAAUCAAGAAAAAGAAAAUGUAGUUUCUGGUAUAUUUAAAACAAUGCAACGUGUAUAUGUUCCUGCAUUACAAGCGUGUCAAGCUUGGGGUGAUCUCAAUCCUCCUAAUCCAAAGAGCAAAGACAUUAUUAAAUCUUAUAUAUCGAAGAUAAUGUUGUUUAUUGACUAUUUAGCUAAAACUAAAAUAGACUUGGAUUGUUGCACAAAGUUUAAAAUAAAUUUGAUAUUGUAUGAGGAAGAAUUAGCUGAUCAGGAGAAAAUGAAACACGCAAUUACAAAAACUCAUGUACUGGAGGAGAUUUGUUCAUUUGUAAAACAGUGGGUCAAACAGAUUAUGAUGGUUUUAGUACAAAGCCAGCAGUUGCGUAGAGAGCCGUCUAAUAUCGGACCGUUAGCAGAACUAGAUCAUUGGCGCCGUCAGUUAACCUCCUUCACUUCAAUUAUAGAGCAUAUUAAAAGCGACCCUUGUCAAAUGUAUAUACACACGCUAAUACGUGCCAAGUCCAAGCUACUAAAGAAAUGGAGGCUUAUAGACAAUCAAGUAACCGAUUACUAUAAUGAAGCUUUUGAUAAUGUGAAAUAUUUAUACGCUUUGGAAAAAUAUUGUGAACCUCUCUACAGAUGUGAUCCUGUAACAAUGCAGCAGUUUAUUCCGGGGUUGUUAUAUACAGUACGAAUGGUUUACGCAACUUCUCGUUACUAUAACACUACAAAGCAGAUAUCCACUCUAUUAGUUAAAGUAACAAAUCAGAUAUUAAACAUGUGCAUGGAGUAUUUAACAAAUAGCGGCAGAAAGACUAUCUGGAAUCAAGAUAAACUGAAUUUUAUUAAGAAGGCUAAGAUUGUAGAUCUCUUCCAGACCUAUAUAACUUAUUAUGUGUUGAACAAAACAACUCUAGAAGGUAUUGAAGAAUAUGCGGUAAUCUUUAAUAAACUGUUUAAGACAAUAUCCACUAAAACCUAUGAUGCUUUGGAUCACAGGCGACCAGAUUUCGAUAAAGAUUACAAAGCGUAUAAAGACGCUGUUGCUACACAGGAAUUGUUGCUGGAAAAUUUUAUGAUCUCGAGUGUAAACAAAUGCCCGACUACGGAGAUAGCUCUACAUUUACUUGAGAGAUUCAAAAAGCUCGACCUUGAGUGCUUGUAUCUUGAAGACCAAUAUUACGAUUUAAUCAGCAAAUACACUGGCGAGAUUGAAUCUAUACGUGAUAGAUAUAAUGAAGAACGCGAAAAUCCUGACCUCCCAAGGAAUAUGCCGCCGGUAUCUGGCAGAGUGAUGUGGAUACGUUUCUAUGAUAAAAAUAUAAAACAUCCCAUGAAAGAGUUUAUGAAACACCAUGAAGUCAUCACUCAUAUGGCAAAUGUACCUGAUACGGCCCAAGUAGUGGCUUUUUGCAAAGACAAAAUAUUUGCAGAUUAUGAACGCAUUAAAUUCCUGGUGGAUCGCAACAAUCAGAUUAGGAGGAGUAUGCCCAAAUUAUAUCUACCAUUAUUACGCGCCCAACUAAUAAAAUUGGACAAUGCGUUUCAACCCGGGCUCUCUAUCAUUACGUGGACUUCUUUAGAAAUACCUUCUUAUUGUGAUAACAUCGAAAGGAUAUUGGAUGAAGUGGAUUUAUUUGUUAAGGAGGUCGUGGAUAUGAAAGAAGCUCGUAUAGAUGCCAUAUUACAAUCAAUAACCAAAACUUUAUUAGUGUACUUGCCAAAGAAAGCUGUCGAUCCGAACAAUUUCUAUGAAGAAAAUUUUGUAAGACGUGACGAAAUAGCAAACGAUUUACAGCAAAAAUCAUGGAAUGCUGAAGUUGCUGUGAUAGAAUUAAUAAAUAAAUUUCUGGACAGCGUCCCGUCUCAGCAAAUACGAGAUCUUAAAGAUAAUUGGCUCGACAUCGAUAAAGCUCUGAAACAAGUGACGUCAGCAACAAGAGUUUUUCCUGAAGACGCAGCUUUCAUGGAAAUUGAGAACCCUGAUAGAUUCGAACCUAUGCAUGCAAUAAAUGAAUGUAACGAACUGUUUGCUUACUUUGCAACAAAGUGCUUAGAGUCUCUUAUCAAAUGUACUAGACAAAGCUUGGAUCUAUUGCGGAAAAGAGCGUCCGUGUCCAGUUUCCUAACAAUGACUACUGACCCAGAGGAACAAAAGAAAUUGAAACCGUUGAUGUUAACUAUGAUGUAUUUAGAGAUACCAAAAAUUUUAAUAAAACCGACUUUAGAAGAGAUUCAAUCUGCAUUUUCUCAGGUAGUGUUAAAUUGUAUAAUGGACAUACAUCGUAACGUGUUCAUGUGGGGUCAACAAGAGCUCAUCAAAAAAGAAAAGCUAAAAGGGAACUCCCUUACUGUUGCUAGGAGUGUUAGUGCGGGAUCUAGAUCCGGUUCAAACAUAGUAGGAAUUAGAAAUUAUUUCCGAAUGGUCUCAGAACAUAAGGACAUUGUUCGCGCGGUCAUGGCCUUGCAGGGAAUGAUGUAUAUGUUCAAACCAGACAUUCAGAAAUUAUUAAAUGGUUAUACGAGAUUUUCUCAUUUAUGGGAUGAAAAUAGAGUACGCAAGGUCCAAGACUUCGUCGAUACUAAUCCAAUGAAUGUCAUAAUACGAGAUAUGUUCAAGCAAUAUGAAAAUCAAACUGAGGAAGUUUUGAAUCUACCCGAGAGACAUAUUAUAGGAUCCAUUCAAAUUGACAUGGAAAAAAUUAAAUUAGCUUUACAUAUUGAGUCUGUUGAAUGGAAGAGAAUCUUGGGCAAAUUACUAAGUCAAGCAUAUAAGGAAAGAGUGUUAAAAUUGAUGCAAUUUAUUAAGGAUAGAAUGAAGACGAUGAGCAAGAAAAUUAAAGAUUUAGACGAUGUCAGAGUCGCAAUGCUUUGCUUGGAAAUGAUUCGCGAGGAAUUUAUUGGAAUGGAUGUAGAAUUGGAUCUCAUCGAAGAAAGUUAUGCCACUUUUGCUCAUUUUAAUAUAGACAUACCUAAAGAAGAUGCGGAUAUGGUGUAUGGCUUACGAUAUGCUUUUCAGAAUAUGUUGCUAACUGCUCAACAAGUCCAACAACGGAUAGUAGAUAUGCAAGGUCCUUUGCAAAAGGAGUUGAGCGAAGGCGUGUCAGUUUUCAAUACAGAUGUGUUGAAAUUUGAUGCUGAUUAUGAAGCUUUUGGUCCCAUGACUCCGGGGCUCACUGCGAGAGAGGCUAGUGAUAGAGUAAUAAUGUUCCAAUCGAGAUUUGAUGAGCUGUGGCGGAGGUUCGAAAUGUAUUCUAACGGUGAGAAGCUGUUUGGUAUGGAAGUGAAAGAUUACCCUAUACUUCACCAAAAGAGGAAAGAAUUUAAUUUACUUAGCAAAUUGUACAGUUUGUAUCUAGCCGUAAUGAACUCAAUAGACGGUUACUUUGAAACGCCGUGGGUAGCUAUAGAUAUUGAACAAAUCGUCGCGCAGUUGGCAGAGUUUGAUCUGAGAUGUCGUAAAUUACCGCGUGGAAUGAAAGAUUGGCCAGCUUUCAUUGAUUUGAAGAAUAAGAUUGAUGAUUUUAAUCAAACUUGUCCUUUACUUGAAUUAAUGGCAGAUAAGUCCAUGAAAGAUCGUCACUGGAAGAGGCUGGAGAAACUUAUGAAUUGCGUGUUGGAUGUUGAGUCGGAAACAUUUACUUUAGCUAACGUAAUGGAAGCUCCGUUACUUAAGUAUAAAGAAGAUGUCGAAGAUAUAUGUAUCAGUGCGGUAAAAGAGAAAGAUAUUGAAGCGAAAUUAAAACAAGUAAUAGCGGAUUGGGCGGUUGUAGAUCUGACUUUCGCUCCAUUUAAGAAUCGCGGGGAGUUACUGAUUAAACCGCAGGAGACACUCGAUAUUAUAACGAUGUUGGAAGACUCUCUAAUGAUUCUUAACUCGUUAGCGUCUAAUAGGUAUAAUGCGCCGUUCAAAAGAGAUAUAUUACUCUGGAUCAAUAAGUUGGUGGGCACCACAGAUAUAUUAGAGAAGUGGCUCCAAGUGCAGAAUUUAUGGAUGUACUUGGAAGCUGUGUUUGUUGGCGGUGAUAUUGCAAAACAGUUACCGGCUGAGGCAAAAAGAUUUGCGACUAUUGACAAGACUUAUGUAAAGAUAAUGUACCGAGCCAGAGAUAUAGUGAACUGUGUUGAGACAUGCGUGUCUGAUGAUACAUUGAAGCAACUCCUGCCCCACCUCAUAGAACAGUUAGAAGCCUGCCAGAAAUCCUUGACUGGAUAUUUGGAGACCAAGCGAUUAAUAUUUCCAAGAUUCUUCUUUGUAUCAGAUCCAGUGCUCUUGGAGAUAUUGGGUCAAGCGUCCAAUCCUCAUUCAAUACAGCCUCAUCUACCAAGUAUAUUCGAUGCAAUAUACACUGUUGAUUUCGAUGACAAAGAUCGUAUAGUAAAUAUGAACUCCGACAACGGUGAAACAAUUCCUUUAGACCAUCCCGUUAAUUGCAUAGGUGGUGUUGAGAUAUGGCUUAAUUCAUUGCUAGACACUAUGAAAGACACGGUACGUAAUAUAAUCGCUAAUAUAUCACAAACAAUGGCCGGUGAUCCAGAGUUUGAAUUCUUGGUCGGAUUUUGGAAUUUCCCUGGUCAGGCAAGUCUUCUGGGCAUGCAAAUAUUAUGGACGAGUGAUGCCGAAUAUGCUCUAAAGAAAGCAAGAGUCGAUAAGUUCAUUAUGAGACUUACAAAUCAAAAGAAUCUGGAUUUACUAAAUGGACUGAUUGAUCAAACAGUUAAAGAUUUGGUGCCGCUAGAUAGAACUAGGGUAGAAACGAUGAUUACUAUUCAUGUCCAUCAACGGGAUAUAUUUGAUGAUUUAGUAAGAAUGAGGAUUAAAAGUCCAGGGGACUUUGAAUGGCAAAAACAAGCUCGUUUCUAUUAUUUUGAAGAUAGCGAUGAUUGCAUUGUAUCUAUUACUGAUGUAGAUUUUAUAUAUCAGAACGAAUACCUAGGUAUAACUGAGCGGCUGGUGAUCACGCCGCUCACGGACCGCUGCUACAUCACGCUGUCGCAGGCCAUCGGCAUGAGCAUGGGAGGCGCGCCCGCCGGCCCCGCCGGCACCGGCAAGACCGAGACCACCAAGGACAUGGGCCGCACGCUCGGGAAACUCGUCAUUGUCUUCAAUUGUUCUGAUCAGAUGGACUUUAGAGGACUAGGUCGUAUAUACAAGGGCUUGGCGCAGUCCGGCACGUGGGGGUGCUUCGACGAGUUCAACCGCAUCGAGCUGCCGGUGCUGUCGGUGGCGGCGCAGCAGAUACACAUCUGCCUUACUGCGCGCCGAGAGAAGAAGGAAUUCUUUAUUUUCAGCGAUGGCGACACAGUAAGCUUAAACCCUGAGUUCGCUUUUAUAAUCACAAUGAACCCAGGCUACGCCGGCAGGCAAGAGUUGCCGGAGAACUUAAAAAUUCAAUUCCGUUCUGUAGCCAUGAUGGUCCCUGAUAGACAGAUUAUUAUAAGAGUUAAGUUGGCCAGCUGCGGAUUCAAAGAUAACAUAUUGCUUGCCCGAAAAUUCUUUACUCUAUAUAAACUUUGUGAGGAACAAUUAUCCAAACAAGUGCAUUAUGAUUUCGGGCUUCGAAAUAUCCUGUCCGUUUUAAGAACAAUGGGUUCUCAAAAGCGAGCGAAUCCUGAGAGCACCGAAGAGAAUAUCAUGAUGAGAGUGUUAAAGGAAAUGAAUGUGUCGAAACUGGUGGAUGAAGAUGAGCCGUUAUUUAUAUCUUUGAUUGAGGAUUUGUUCCCCGGAAUCAAACUCAGUCAAACGUCGCACAAGGAUAUGCAACGAGCCAUAGGAAUAGUAACAGAACGGACGGGUUUAAUCAAUCAUCCGGAGUGGAAUCUGAAGAUCAUACAGUUGUACGAGACGUCGCUGGUGCGGCACGGCCUCAUGACGAUGGGCCCCGCCGGCGCCGGCAAGACCACCUGCAUACACACGCUGAUGGCCGCGCUCACCGAACUUGGGAAACCUCAUAAGGAGAUGAGGAUGAAUCCCAAGGCAAUAACAGCACCUCAAAUGUUCGGUCGCUUAGAUGUAGCCACUAAUGACUGGACUGAUGGAAUAUUCUCUACAUUGUGGCGAAGAGCUUUGAAGGUUAAAAAAUCGGAUACCACAUGGAUUGUUUUAGAUGGUCCAGUAGACGCGGUCUGGAUAGAAAAUCUAAACUCAGUGUUAGAUGAUAAUAAAACGUUAACACUAGCAAACGGCGAUCGUAUCUCCAUGGCUCAGAACAGCAAGCUCGUGUUCGAGCCCGAUAAUGUGGAUAAUGCCUCGCCCGCGACCGUUAGUCGUAUGGGCAUGGUGUUUCUAUCAUCAUCUGUUCUCAAAUGGCAGCCUAUAUUGGAGGGAUGGCUUAAAACGAGACCGCAAAAAGAAGCUGAUGUUUUUAGAACAGCGUUCAAUAAAGUAUACGACGACGUACAUUCUUUCGUACAACAAAAGCUUCCCGCCAAAAUGAAGCUUUUAGAAGCUAUUUACAUACGACAAUGUAUCGAUGUGCUGAUGGGAUUGUUGCGAAUUGAAAUACCGGGCGGAAAGUUACACACAGACCGUCACCUAGAGAGACUGUUCGUGUUCGCGAUGAUGUGGUCGCUGGGCGCCGCGCUGGAGCUGGACGCGCGCCAGCGCAUGGCGGAGUACAUGACCCGGCUGCCGGCGCGCGUGGAGUGGCCCGGCGGCGGCGCGCGCGCGCGCGAGUGGCUCAUGCCCUUCGAGUACAUGGUCAACGAGGCCGGCCUCUGGCAGCACUGGUCUGAAAGUGUCGAAGGCUUCAUUUAUCCUCCCGAUAGCGUACCAGAAUAUGCAUCUAUACUUGUUCCUAACGUAGACAACGUGUGUAUAUCGUUCCUAAUCGAUACCAUCGCCAAACAAAAUAAAGCCGUUUUACUAAUCGGGGAACAAGGAACUGCUAAGACUGUCAUGCUGAAGAGUUAUAUGGCCAAAUAUGAUAAUGAAGUCAAGUUGUUUAAGAUGAUCAACUUCUCUUCAGCUACGACACCAAAUAUGUUCCAAAGAAUAAUAGAGUCGUAUGUUGAGAAACGUGUAGGAAUGACUUAUGGACCACCGGGCGGUAGAGCCAUGACGGUGUUCGUGGAUGAUAUUAACAUGCCUGUUGUAAAUGAGUGGGGAGAUCAGGUUACGAACGAAAUAGUUCGGCAAAUGAUGGAGUGCGGGGGCUUUUAUUCUCUCGACAAACCGGGAGAUUUCUUUAUAAUUGCAGAUAUACAGAUGUUCGGAGCCAUGAUACACCCUGGUUGGUUAUUGUUA